GUUGCAUGUGAUAGUUACACGGCUCGGUGGACUGCAUUUGUCCAAAUGACCAGCUAUUCUUCAAAUCAGUCGCUCUUCGGCAUUCAAUCGAUACUUUUGUUCGCUAUUUUCUCUAAUUUUAUAACUUGCAGAUGUCAGUUCACCAUAAAACGAACGAGUGCUGCAAUUAAAGUCAUAAACCGGCGAUCGUAAUCGCUUCUUACAUAAUUUAAGUAUCAAGACGCGAGUUGUCAUUUGAAAUAAAAUUUUAAUCCCAGAAGAUUCUAGGUUCGAUUUUAAGACGCAGGACGAGACUAAAAGAAGAAACAUAAAACGAAUAAGGACAAAAACAAGAAGAAGAAGAAGUAUAAAAAAGUGGUGGUAGAUAUGAGAAUGCGAUCGGUACUUGGCUGUUAGAUGCUCACGCGAAGGUGACCGAGACCGGUUAUUGUUGCUGCUAUAUAGUCAGUAAGAUGUCAUUUGGAUAGUGAAUUUUCCACUCAAAGGACUCAAGUGAUUUCCUCUCAAAUAAGCUUGUGCUUUUUAAAGUUCGUGGUUUAAAGAUUUUUUUUUUUGAUUUAUGUGCAAACUUUUGGGAUUUUUCUUCGCUGCUGAAUUUUCUGGAAAUUUUCAAACCUAAAACUCCCCAAGAUGUAUCAACGCUCAGUGCUAAUAAACCUUCCAAAAGCGCAAACAAUAGACAUAGAAUUCACAAACAUCUCUUACCAAGUGCGAACCGGUUUCCGCAGCCCCAAGAAACCAAUCCUAAAAGGCGUAAGCGGCUGUUUCAAAUCCGGCGAGCUAACCGCAAUAAUGGGCCCCUCCGGAGCUGGCAAAUCGACCUUAUUAAACGUCCUUACCGGUUUCCAAGGCUACGACAUCUCCGGGAGCAUAGAGUAUACAAGCGAGGACAACCAGCACGGCUGGAGCAUGUACCGCAAAGCGGCGUGCUACAUCCAGCAAGACGACCAAUUGCACUCCCUAUUUACCACCAUCGAAUCAAUGACCAUAGCCGCUAACCUGAAGAUCGGCAGCAGUUUAAAUGACAAAGCCAAACAGAUGCUAAUCGACGACAUCCUGGAAACCCUAGACCUAACCAAGACCAAGGAGACCAGAUGCGACCGUUUGAGCGGCGGGCAGCGAAAGAGACUCAGCAUCGCCCUGGAAUUGAUCGACAAUCCCCCAAUUCUGUUCCUGGAUGAACCCACGACUGGAUUAGACUCUUCCUCAACCCUCCAGUGCAUUGCAAUGUUAAAGAACCUAGCUAGUGAUGGACGGACUAUUGUUUGCACAAUUCACCAACCCAGUGCUGCUAUUUACGAAAUGUUCGACCAUGUUUACCUCCUAGCAGACGGGCAUUGCAUGUACCAAGGCGCUCCUUCCAACACCAUAUCAUAUUUUGCAAACUCUGGGCUUCAUUGUCCGCAAUAUCACAAUCCUGCGGAUUAUAUAAUUGAAGUUGUAAGCAAAGAGUACGGAAACUUCAAUGAACAAUUGUCCUUAACCGCAAAAGGAACCCGCUGCUGGAGGACACCAUUGUUCGUCAAAACGCCAAUUUACGUUAAUGGACUCCCCAAUAAUUCUUCAGUAGACUGCAAAAAAGCAACAGUCUUCAUAAAUCCUCCUUCUGAGCUAGCAAGGUUCUGGGUUUUGCUAAACCGCUGCAUCAUCCAGCUCUACCGCGACUGGACAGUCACCCAUUUGAAGAUAGUCCUCCAUUUCCUCGUUGCAGUAAUCCUAGGAUUAGUUUUCGUUGAUGCUGGGUCAGAUGGAUCCAAGACUAUCAACAAUAUCGGCUUUCUGCUAAUCACCUGCAUCUACCUCUGCUACACCAGCAUGCUUCCAGCAGUUCUGCGAUUCCCUACAGAACUGCCAAUUUUGAAGAAGGAAAAGUUCAACAAUUGGUACCAGCUAAGAACCUUCUACGCAGCGUUCUUAGCAGCGAAUAUCCCCGUUCAGAUGAUCUUCGCGGUUGUCUAUACUACGGUGAGUUACUUUCUGAGCAGGCAGCCGCUGGAUCUUAACCGGUUCCUCAUGUUCCUGAUUGUCACCAUGAUGACCACUGUUGUCGCAGAAAGCAUUGGGUUGUUGAUUGGGACUACGACUAAUCCGAUUAAUGGAACCUUCAUUGGCGCCAUCUUAACCGCGGUUCUCCUACUGUUCGCUGGGUUCCUUGUGUUCCUGAGACACAUGCCUAGGUUUAUGUAUUACUUUACUUACCUUAGUUAUUUGAGGUACGCGUUACAGGGGCUAGUUCAGGCGAUUUAUGGGAAUAAUAGGGAAAAACUGCCGUGUCCUUCUAGUGUGGAUUAUUGCCACUAUAGGUCCCCUUCGAGUAUUCUUACGGAACUUGCUAUGGCUGAUGCGAUUUUUUGGGUGGAUAUGAUGAUUUUGGUUGGGUAUUUUGUCGCUUUUAGGGUUAUUGGGUACUGCACGCUAAAGAAAAAAUUGUCUGGUGCGAUUUAGGUUAGGUUGGUUUAUAUUUUUAGUUUUUAGAUAAUUAUGCAGCUUAGAUUAUUAUUUUAAGAUGUAAAGAUAAUUUAAAACUAAUUUAGGGAUAAAGUUUGAAGAUUGAAGAUUAAUUUUUAUAAAAAUUCAAAUUACGCGCGGUUUUACUUGUUAGUAAGAUGUUGAGAAGCCAUUUUGUCGGCACGCUCUAGAAAAAAUUGCCGGGCGCGAUUUAAGUUAGGUUGGUUUGUUAUUUUAAUUUUUUUAGGUAAAAUAUGGAGCCUAGAUUAUUAUUUUAAUUGUUUUUUGAGAUUUAAUGGUAAUUUAAAACUAAUUUAGGGAUAAAGUUUGAAGAUUGAAGAUUAAGUUUAAUAAAAAUUCAAAUUGCGCGCUCUUUUAUAUGGUAGUAAGGCGUCAAGAAGCCAUUUUGUCGAGCGUGAUUUAGAUUAGGUUGUUUUUUAACUUUUCAGAUAAAAUAUUGAACCUACUUUAUGAUUUUUAUUGUUUUUUAAAACAUAAACAUGAUUUAAAAACUAAUUUAUAGAUAAAAUUUAAAAAUUAAAUGUAAUAAAAAUUUUAAUUGCGUGCCCUUUUAAUAGUUAGUAAAGCGUCGAGAAGCCAUUUUGUCUGGCGUGAUUUAGGUUAGGUUGUUUUUUAACUUUUCAGAUAAAAUAUUGAACUUAUAUUAUGGUUUUAAUUGUUUUUUAAAAUAUAAAGAUAAUUUAAAACUAGUUUAUAGAAGAAAUUUAAAGAUUGAGGGUAAAAUGUACUGAAAAUUCAAAUUUCGCGCGCUUUUACUUGUUAAUAAUGUGUCAAAAGGCCAUUUUGUCAGCAAGUUUUGAAACUUAGCUAACUUUAAGUCAAUUAUUAAUUUUAUAAGUGAAAUUAAUUGUUUUUGAAGGUUAAUUGGGAAGAAAUUAAUUA